UUACGCGUUGACUUGUUGCCACGUUGGUUUGUCAAUUCAUUUGGAGUGGAAUGAUGACUUUGUUGCGAUUCAAGAUGAAAGUAGUGAAAACAAAGAAAGCAUUCAGCGUUUAUUGCAUAAAAAUAAAUAUACUUUCUCGGAUGAUGACAGCGUUGUUGGUCAUUUUUCUGACUUCUCUUAUGGUCCUGAUAUCGAUAUCAUGUCUAUCACUGUUGGCAAUGAAGACGAUUUUCAGAAGCUUGUUGGUGAUGAAUUGGAAGAUGUUGAUUCAAACUUUGAUGACGUAUUUAGCAAAAUUCACGAAAGGCUAUGCCAAGAGGAAUCUGUGAUAGUUCGCACAGACACUGGUACUGAGGGCUACUUGUGUGAACUUAUGUAUUCAGUUUUUGUUGAAAAACAUGUGAUUUGGCCUUUCAGUUUAACGACUGUCCAGGAUGGUGACGCUGGUGUUCUUGUUUAUUUUUUGGAUGAAAAAAAUAGUUGGCAACCGUUUGCGUAUGGAAUUGCAGAAAUAACUAAUAAUCACGGGACAUAUUAUGCCUGCAUGAGAUUAAACAUUGCCUUAAAAGCACUCGGCCUUCAGGGUGGUCAGUUUUUUAAACCGAGGAACAAUGGUGACACUCUAUCCGUUAGUGAUAAACACAUCGACGUUGACACUGCAUUGAACAACACCAACCGUGACGACAAUGGUCGCACUGCCUCUUAUAAAGAGAAAGUUGACGAGAGAACAUAUCACGAACAUGAACAAGUGACAUACACUUAUUCAAGCCCACUUGAAAUUGCUGAGAAAACGGACAACGAAAUACUCAAUCUGAAGUUUCUAGCCCAGAUGCAUAUCAAUGAAUAUCACAAUUUGGUUGGGUUGUCGGAAGAAUGGAAUUGCGUUGACAAAUCAGUGAUGCAUCGCGAAAAGUUUGAAAUGAUGCAAAAACAUUGGCUAGAACAUCCAGGUGAUAUUAGAAUUAAAGGCGAUGUACGUGUGAUUUUCAAGGAAAAGUUCUUGAUUGGCAAAGGAAGUGGUGGAACCGUUUAUCUUGGUUUGGGAAGGGAUGGUUAUGGAAAAGCUGUAAACGAAUCCUUAAUAAUAGCUGUAUCCAUCUGCUCUACGAGAAAAGAAUGUUUUGAAUGA